UGAGCCACCGCUUCGUUUUUGUCCGUUUUUCAGUUUUUUGGGCUGGUGGGCGUCAAACUUAGAAAUUUGAGACUGACUGCGAUAUUAGCCCCCAUUAAGCGGUGGACUUCGGCUGUUCUUCUCUCCAACGAUAAUUUUGUCCCCAGACAGCAUUCUCGAUCCGCCCCUAGUCAAGCCCGAAUUGCCGAAAUCCCGGGUUCCCCAUGCCUUCCUUUUUCCCUUGUAGCAGGAAAUUGCUGCUUGGGCAGGCAAAGUUAUCGUUGAGUAGGAUGUGAAGUUUCUCAGGAUUAAAGGGGAUUGGCUCACAAUGCAGACUUGCUAAGUUUGGAGUUCAUCUAAUGGACGAAUUGGGUUGAGCUGAGGGGGAAUAGGAUAUGUCAUCAGGGUUGCUUCCCAAACCGAAUUCUGCCUUUUGUUUUGGGGUUCAGAGAGGUUUAAGAGUGAAACUAGCACCAACCCACAAGUUAAUAGAAUCUUUGACAGUAAAAAGAAGUCAGAAAUUUGGGGCUUGUUAUACUUACAGUAGAACCAAGCAUUCUGCCGUUGAGGCAUUUUCUCAGACACGUGGUGGUGGUGGUGUUCUAUCGCGCCCGUCUUCUCAAGCUUUUGGGAAUUUUAGUGGAGCCAUGGCUGUUUCUAGUUCAACGGCUGCCCCUGGAGACCUUGUUAUGGAUACUUUUAUCUCUGGUUGUGGGAAUGUUUCGAGUUUUGCUAAACCUGUUGUGAUGUAUUUUGGCAAUAGAGGUCUCGAUAAUUGUCAAAAAGCUAGUCUGAGUUUGAGAAAUGGGGUAACCAAUAGCCGCUGCACUGAUCGUGCUUUUUCUGUGCUUGGAGGUAGAUGGAAAUGUCGCAGCUCGAAUGCCCUUGUUGGGUCGUGGUUUAGAAGCUGCAGUUCCUCAUCAUCACCAUGUUGUUCGACUGGGGCUGCAUCUGAUGUACUCUGCAACGGAACCUCAUUCGACGAACAGCUAUCAAGUCUUGCCAUACCACCAGACCAAAGAUCUCUAAGCAACAGAACACUGAAGCUACACUCUGGAUCAUGCUACCUACCCCAUCCUGAUAAAGAAAAAACAGGUGGAGAGGAUGCUCAUUUCAUCUGUUCGGAUGAGCAAGCAAUUGGUGUGGCAGAUGGAGUUGGUGGUUGGGCGGAGGUUGGGAUUAAUGCUGGAGAAUAUGCUUGUGAACUCAUGUCUAACUCGAUGGAUGCUAUUAAAAAUGAGCCCGGGGAGUUUAUUGAUCCCGCUCGCGUAUUGGAGAAAGCACACUCGGAAACAAAUGCUGUGGGUUCCUCAACAGCCUGCAUCAUUGUGCUAAAAGACCAGUUUCUGCAUGCCAUAAAUCUUGGAGACAGUGGAUUUAUUGUGGUCAGAGAUGGCAGCACCACCUUUGAGUCUCCAGUCCAGCAGCAUGGAUUCAAUUUUCCCUAUCAACUGGAAAGAGGAAAUAAGGGUGACCUUCCAAGUUCCGGUCAGGUUUUCAAGAUUUCAGUUUUACCGGGAGAUGUCAUUGUUGCCGGAACAGAUGGGCUAUUUGAUAACUUGUAUAAACGUGAAAUAACUACAAUUGUUGGUGCAGCAGUGACAUCGGGUUUCACCCCUGAGUUGACAGCACAAAAAGUUGCAGCUUUGGCGCGCCACCGAGCGCAGGACAGGGAAAGGCAAACUCCAUUUUCUACUGCAGCACAAGAGAUUGGAUUCUCUUAUUAUGGUGGAAAACUUGAUGACAUUACGGUGGUUGUUUCGUAUGUCUCUGACUUGUCAGGCUCGACUGAAACAUAGAUUUUACAAUUCUUACAUUUGACUUUAUACAGUCCUUUCCUCAUUCUGGCCUUUGAAUACGUGGUGUUUAUUCUCUUUACAAAGCUUUCGAGAUUUUCCAGAUUUCCUCACCCCCUUUCUCCCUCUUCUUUUGCAAAUUUGAUACUAAAUUUGAUACGUAUGAAGGUGUUCCGUUACAGUUGUAAGAUAUGGAUAGUAGUUUCCUAGCUUUUUGAGCUGCCGUUGAACCCA